CCACGAGCAGGUGUUGUUUUGGGUAGGAUUAGAUCUCUCCAUCUAGCUUUCUUUGCUCCUAUCAGCAAUGCCCAUCUUCCAAACACUUCCUCAAUCAUUCAAACGCUCUUAUUCUUUAAAAAAAUACUAUCCUCUUUUGGGUGUGGGAUCCAUUUGUGGGCACAUGUUAUUAUGGCGAAAAGAGGCCCCAUGAAGGGGACGGGAAUAAAAAUCUAAUUAACGCCGACUGAGUUCAUAGCUUUACUGGAAACGACGGAAAUAAACCUCUCGGUAGAAGAGCAGAAUGAAAAAAAAAAAAAGGAAAUAAAACUUCUUCUUGGGAAAGUCUUUCACCUCGAAAAUUUCUAAGUAUAUCAGGCGCGCAAAGUUAGGAAUGCGAAGACGCACUGUGACAAAACCGCAGAUUCUACGGGAUUUGUUUUAAUAAAUUCCUUAACUGCCUUUUGAUCCGAAAAAUACCGAAAACCAGUUACAACAUCUCUUGACAGUCAAAGAAAUACUUGUAUAUAAGAAUAACAAACACAAUCAGAUUUCAUCUCAGAAAUAAGCUCGACGAGAUUUUGUGAUUACGGCCAUCAAAGAGUCCGAUGGUAGGCGACGUAAUUUGUGAAUAGCCUCUAAUUGCUGACGACGUGCACAAUAAUUACUUGGAGAUGAAUGGUCAUGAAAUAGUCUGCAUCCAUGGGGACUCGUAUAUACGGCGAUACGAACGCCAUAAAGACCCUUAGGCCGGACCAUAUAGAAUUUUAUCCUCGCAAAUCACAAAGAAAAUAGCCGAUUAUACCCAAUUGACAAAGGCAAACAGACAAAAAUAAAAACAUAAAAUAAAAAAUAAAUAAAUAAAUAAAAGAUAAAAUAAAGUCUAACAUCCUAGUAAACCCAGGGGAUUUUUAGUGAAACGGUAACAAAAAAAAACACUUGGUUUCCGCGGAUGAAAAAUGAACCCAAUUGACAAAGAAACGAUGAUUAUAGAUAAGAUGACUAACAAAUAGAUAGUAAACGAAGGCGAGCAAAUAUAGAGUUGGAUUAGGGGUUACGUACAUCAUACGUUGUAUGAUUUUUUAUCUUGGUUCUCAGGCUUUUUCGAAUUUUAUCUCCGCAUUUCCGUAUUUCCGUAUGUCCUAUUUCUACCGAGGGUCCAUCACUAAAUCACCAACACAGUCGCAGUGUACUAAAUGUUGCGAGCUUAAUUGAAGCUCAACGGUUGCAGUAUUGUACUCAAGUGCUAACGUGGAGGUUUCACCAACCUUUUCAUAGGGGCUGCUUUUUUACAUUAAAAGUUGAUAAAAUUAUAGGUCAGUACUUGAAAAAAGGACGCUGCCGCCUUCAUUUUCCGUCAUCGAAUAAUUAAACAGACUACGUGCUGAACAUAUAUCUGGAUAGAAUCCCGAAGGGGACCCUUAAAAUUCCUCCAAAAUUUGUCCAAAUAUUACAAAACGGCCCGGACUGAAUCUUAUAAAAUUAGUGUACGGGAACAUUCGAUCGCAAUCCUAUACAUCGAACAUAAUAUUCGCUAUGUACAUCACUACAAGCUAUUUUAUAUUAUCGCUAUAUGAUUGUAUGAGUACAGAUAACAUGGAUCUUGAUUAUGAUACAAGUGCUCAUGUAUGAGCAAGUUCUGUCCAAAAACAUAGUGUAUCUACAGUGUAUCCUCUGAAUGUCACUGAUGAAAGACAGGGGCCUGAUGGUCCUUUACUUUGAUUUUUGCAUUUCAUUUUCGAACCUUUAAUUUCGGAGGUAACAAAUCAAAUAAAUAUGAGAUUUGCUGAUUAAGCGGUUUCUGUACAAUGUGCGGUGCUGGCCUUUGAUCACGCGAAGGGAAAAACAAAGGUUAUAGGCUUUAGAAUGGCUCGUAUCACGAUGGACUCCCAGCAGGCGGCGAGUCUACAAAUCCUGUUAGACACCAGUACCAGAAGAUAGCGCCGUCCGCCAAAAUAUUAAUCAUUACCAGCCAUGUUUAGCAGUAUAAGCCUGCGAGCAACACCCGAUGUUGGCAUUUGUUAUGAGCUAAUUUCUGUGGAGAAAACAGCCCAAUGACUAUGACCAUCGACCGCGCGCUGGUGGAGGAGAAGCCUGGGGUAGCCAUCCUGCUGACCGUCCUCUUCCUUAUCAUCUUCGUCGUCUCGCUAUUCGGCAACUCGCUCGUGAUCCACACCGUGCGCUCAACCGAAUCCAUGUGGGUCACCGUCAACAUCCUCGUCGUCAACCUCUCCGUCAGCGACCUCAUCUUUAUCCUGCUUCACCUCCCGAGAAACAUCGCGCACCUCUACUACGCAGAGCGCUGGUUACCAGGCACUCACGGUCGCUCGCUCUGCAAGCUGAACCACUUUGUUGUGGGCCUGACGUUUUGUUCGUCUCUCUUCAGCAUUCUGGCGCUCAGUAUUGACCGCUUUCUGGCCGUGGUGAGGCCGAUUCAGCAUAAGACACUGGGUAGUAACUGGCUGAAAAAGGCAGUGCCCGUUAUUUGGAUUAUCUCAUUGGCGCUGCCGAUACGAACAGCGACGGACGCCGACACGGCUUGCGUGAAGAACAUCACGGUCUGCGUGUCGGCCGAGGUGGACUACGCCUUCAUGGCGGUGGUAUGGUGCUUAUACCUGGUGCAGCUCAUAGCAAUGGCCGUGCUCUACUCCAUAGUGGUGUACAAGCUCUGGAACAGGCGCAUCUUGACCGGUUCAGGGGCGGUCACAAGACAAACGGUGACCAAUCAGAGAACGGCACGGAGAGUGACAGCCAUGUUGAUAACCGUGGUACUUGCGUUUGCUAUUUGUUGGUUGCCAAUGGUAACGCUGAUGACCAUGAAGGCGACGGGAUUGGGGGCGCAUAUGUCGAUACGUCACGUGAAUAACAUCUUUAUGAUCUCACACGGGGCGCUGCAUCCCGUUAUUUAUUUCGUGUUUAACGAGAACUUCCGUAAAAAAUUCCGACAACUCACGCAUACUUGGCUUACGAGAGGAAUACGUUUUCAAAGAACGGCAGAUUCGAGGCGGGAGACCCAACGCGUGCGACUUGAAACGAUCAGGGGGAGGGGAGGGAGGGACAAUGAAGUCAUUGUGCUAUCGGUGAUCAGACGUGAAGGGGUGACCCUGCUAAGGGAGAAGAACAGUGGACACUCAAACGGCCCAGGCAAACGAAAACGUCGUGAGGCGGACACCGAAGGGCACACGAUUGACACUAACGACGUAAAUUCCUCUAGUGAUGCAGGACAUGAUGAUGGUCACGCAACUGAUAUCGCCGGUAAGGCAACUGAUAUCACCGGUCACACAACCGUUAUCACUGACCACGCAACUGAUAUCGCCGGUCACGCAGCUAAUACCGCCGGUCACGCAGCUAAUACCGCCGGUCACGCAACUAAUACCGCCGGUCACGCAACUGAUAUCGCCGGUCACGCAGCUAAUACCGCCGGUCACGAAACUGCUAUCGCCGGUCACGCAACUAAUACCGCCGGUCACGCAACUGAAACCGCCGGUCACGCAACUAAUACUGGCGGUCACGAAACUGUUAUCGCCCGUCACGCAGCUGAUAUCGCCGGUCACGCAAUUAAUACCGUCGGUCAAAGUAAUAAAGGGACCCCUGAUGACACUGGAAGGAGUAACGGGCAAACUCCAGAUAAUGCCCAACACAAUGAAAGGACGCCAGAUAACGCCAAUUACGAUAGAAAGGAGUCUCAUAAAAUCCGUUUAUGCAAUGGUCAUACAUCUAAUGACACUCAAUGCAAUGGACGGACAUCUGAUGACACCCAUAAUUGCAAUGGACAGACGCUUGAUGACACCCAAUGCAAUGGACAGACAUCCGAUAGCACACAAUGCAAUGGAAAGACGUUUGAUGACAACCAUAAAUGCAAUGGACAAACAUCUGAUGCCACCCAAUGCAAUGGAAAGACGUUUGAUGACACCCAAUGCAAUGGACAAACAUCUGAUGACACCCAUAAACGCAAUGAGCUAUCAUUUGAUGACAAGCAAUGCAAUGGACAGAGAUCUGAUGACACCCUAUACAAUGGGCAGUUAUCUGACAACAACCAUACAUGUAAUAGACAAAUGUCUCAGGACACCCAUAAAUGCAAUGGACAGCCACACGUUGGCAUCAAAUGUGAUGGAUAGAAUUGUAACCAAAAUAAUAAUAAGCAUGAAUCAACCAUCGUGAAACACGUUUUACGUGAUACAAUUUGUAAUAACACGUAAUUGUUCCGCUUGGUGACUCUUGAACAGAAGUGAAUGUAUAAAAUACAAUUACAUAUUAUUGCAGAGUGAUUGCUCAGGCUGAGAUGUGCACAACUCAAGCGAUUCUCAGUUAUUUCUAGCGAAGUGAUGCAUUGUACAUACCUGGAUAAGGUCCUCCUUAAAAUCAAUGACUUGAGCACGAUACCAAAUGUUGUCUUCUUCGUCGCAGUGAACAACCGCCAGUUCACCUGGAGCAGGUAGAAUAGCGCCACUCUCACGGAAAAGGUUUCGUGAAUAAAAAUUACUGGAAAAAAAAAA